AUGAUGGACACACACUCCUCCCCUAUCCCCGCCCCGUCGCCGCCAUCUUGCCUCUCCCUCUGCCCCUGGAACCUGGUCCUGGUGCGGAAGUGCAGAGUGCGCUCGGGCAGAACAGGUCUCCCGACGCGCCGCUGCUGUGUUGCUUACAUUGUCCCUCUCCAUCCUCCACCUUUACGCACGGGACCGGACACAGGCAUGGCUGGACGGCUACCGGCCUGCGUGGUCGACUGCGGCACCGGUUACACCAAACUGGGAUACGCCGGGAACACAGAGCCUCAAUUCAUUGUUCCGUCAUGUAUUGCCAUCAAAGAGUCGGCCAAAGUGGGUGACCAGGCCCAGCGCAGAAUGAUGAAGGGAGUGGACGACCUGGACUUCUUCAUUGGAGACGAGGCGGUGGACAAGCCCACGUACUCCACCAAGUGGCCCAUUCGUCAUGGCAUCGUGGAGGACUGGGACCUGAUGGAGCGCUUUAUGGAGCAGAUCAUCUUCAAGUACCUGAGAGCAGAGCCAGAGGACCACUACUUCCUCCUGACGGAGCCUCCGCUGAACACUCCGGAGAACAGGGAGUACACGGCUGAGAUCAUGUUCGAGUCCUUCAAUGUGCCAGGACUCUACAUCGCUGUGCAGGCGGUCCUGGCGCUGGCUGCCUCCUGGACGUCCCGGCAGGUGGGAGAGAGGACUCUGACCGGCACGGUGAUCGACAGUGGGGACGGAGUCACACACGUCAUCCCUGUGGCUGAGGGCUAUGUGAUUGGCAGCUGCAUCAAGCACAUCCCCAUCGCAGGCCGUGACAUCACCUACUUCACCCAGCAGCUGCUCCGAGACCGCGAAGUGGGAAUCCCCCCAGAGCAGAGCCUGGAGACCGCCAAAGCCGUCAAGGAGCGCUUCAGCUACGUGUGCCCAGACCUGGUGAAAGAGUUCAACAAGUACGACACGGACGGCUCCAAGUGGAUCAAGCAGUACACAGGCAUCAACUCCAUCAGCAAGAAGGAGUUCACCAUCGAUGUUGGCUACGAGCGAUUUCUGGGGCCAGAGAUCUUCUUCCACCCUGAGUUUGCGAACCCGGACUUCACCCAGCCCAUCUCGGAGGUGGUGGAUGAGGUGAUCCAGAACUGCCCCAUAGACGUCAGGCGCCCACUCUACAAGAACGUAGUGCUCUCCGGAGGCUCCACAAUGUUCCGGGACUUCGGCCGGCGCCUGCAGAGGGACCUGAAGAGGUCUGUGGACGCACGGCUCAAGAUCAGUGAGGAGCUGAGCGGGGGAAAACUCAAGCCCAAACCCAUCGACGUACAGGUCAUCACUCAUCACAUGCAAAGAUACGCCGUGUGGUUCGGAGGAUCCAUGCUCGCCUCCACUCCGGAGUUCUACCAGGUCUGCCACACCAAGAAGGACUACGAGGAGAUUGGCCCCAGCAUCUGCCGCCACAACCCAGUGUUCGGAGUCAUGUCCUAA